AUGGCAAAGAAUCCUCCAGAGAACUGUGAGGACUGUCACAUUCUAAAUGCAGAAGCUUUGAAAUCCAAGAAGAUAUGUAAAUCACUGAAGAUUUGUGGACUGGUGUUUGGGGUCCUGGCCUUAACUCUAAUUGUCCUGUUUUGGGGGAGCAAACACUUCUGGCCGGAGGUAUCCAAGAAAACCUAUGACAUGGAGCACACUUUCUACAGCAAUGGUGAGAAGAAGAAGAUUUACAUGGAAAUUGAUCCCCUGACCAGAACGGAAAUAUUCAGAAGUGGAAAUGGCACUGAUGAAACAUUGGAAGUCCAUGACUUUAAAAACGGAUACACUGGCAUCUACUUCGUAGGUCUUCAAAAGUGCUUUAUUAAAACUCAAAUCAAAGUGAUUCCUGAAUUUUCUGAACCAGAAGAAGAAAUAGAUGAGAACGAAGAAAUCACUACAACUUUCUUUGAACAGUCAGUGAUUUGGGUUCCUGCAGAAAAGCCUAUUGAAAACAGAGAUUUUCUGAAAAAUUCUAAAAUUCUGGAGAUUUGUGAUAAUGUGACCAUGUACUGGAUCAAUCCCACUCUAAUAGCAGUUUCUGAAUUGCAAGACUUUGAGGAGGAUGGUGAAGAUCUUCAUUUCCCCACCAAUGAGAAAAAAGGGAUUGAACAGAAUGAGCAAUGGGUGGUUCCACAAGUAAAGGUGGAGAAGACCCGUCACACCAGACAAGCAAGUGAGGAAGACCUUCCAGUAAAUGACUAUACUGAAAAUGGAAUCGAAUUUGACCCCAUGCUAGAUGAGAGAGGUUAUUGUUGUAUCUACUGUCGUCGAGGCAACCGUUACUGUCGCCGAGUCUGUGAACCUUUACUAGGUUACUACCCAUAUCCAUACUGCUACCAGGGAGGACGAGUCAUCUGUCGCGUCAUCAUGCCUUGCAACUGGUGGGUGGCCCGCAUGCUUGGGAGAGUCUAA